AUGUCGCCAACCAGUGAAAAGAGUACCCUGAAGCGCCCUCUCGGCUCCUUGCCCGAGGACGAGACGGAAACCAAGAAGCCGCGCCGAACCACGGACGACGCAACCAUCCUCAAAACCCCAAUUACGAACAAGCACCACCUUCCCUCCCCCGUGACGAACCAGGGCGAGAGCGAUGGCAAAAUCACAGCGCCCUGCUCGACUUCCCUCGAGCAGAACCUGACCCCCCGUCUCGUCGACGACCUUGAGGAGCCCAGCCAGGUGCUCUCCUCGCCUCCCCACGACACGCAGCAGAACACACAGCCCGUCGAUCAACAUCCGGCAUUCGCGGAUGACAUGGAAGAUGAAGCCAAGGAGGGAAUUUGGGGCUAUCUUGUACCCCUGGAUCCCAAGUACGGGGACAGACCUGUGCCCUUGAAGAGGCGGACUGCCUGCCCCAUGCCAGACUCAGCUGAAGCCGACGCGAACGCGAAAUCAUCGGACUCGAAGGGAAAGAGCACGCCGGCACGAGAGGAAGAAGCCUACGAGCGCACAAAGAUCAGGGGCCAUGCGUCUGGCGGCUACCUGAUCGGCCGGCACCCCGAGUGCGAUAUCCUUGUCAAUGAUCAAACUGUGUCGAACAGACACUGCCUAAUCUUUACCGAGAACCAAGGCACAGACAGCGUUGCCAUUGUGGAGGACCUUUCUCAGAAUGGCACUUUCGUCAACGAACAGUUCAUUGGCCGCAACCAACGGCGAGAGCUAAAGGAUGAAGACGAGAUCGCGAUUCACGGCAAAGCUAGAUUUAUUUUCCGAUACCCUCACAGCAGACAGACGAGCGGUUUCUUGCAACAAUACACACUUCUCCAGAAGCUCGGCAAGGGUCAUUUUGCUGAGGUCCACCUCUGCGUUGAGAAGGCGACCGGACAGCGAUAUGCCGUCAAGAUCUUCACUAAGCAUCCUGGAGUGGAGGAUAAGUCCAAGACUGAGGGUCUUCAGCAGGAAAUCGCCGUCCUCAUGGGUGUCAGCCACCCCAAUGUUUUAUGCUUGAAAGAUACUUUCAACGAGCGUGAUCGUGUCUAUCUGGUUCUAGAGCUAGCAUCCGAGGGCGAGCUAUUCAAUUACAUUGUAAUGAAGCAGAAGAUGAGCGAAGAUGAGACUCGCAAGCUGUUCCUACAACUUUUCAAGGGGAUCAAGUACCUGCAUGAAAGAAAUAUCGUUCACAGAGAUAUUAAGCCUGAGAAUAUCUUGCUUGUAGACAAGAAUCUUCACGCCAAACUCGCCGAUUUCGGUCUUGCUAAGAUCAUUGGCGAAGAGUCCUUUACGACUACAUUGUGCGGAACUCCCAGCUACGUGGCCCCCGAGAUUCUUGCAGACUCCCGGAGACGUAGAUACACCAAGGCCGUCGAUGUCUGGUCCCUCGGAGUCGUUCUCUACAUCUGCCUCUGUGGAUUCCCCCCCUUCUCGGAUGAGCUCUUCUCCCGUGAUUUCCCCUACAACUUGUCCCAGCAGAUUAGAAGUGGGCGCUUUGAUUACCCCUCACCUUAUUGGGAUUCAGUCGGUGAUCCAGCUCUUGACUUGAUCGAUUCAAUGCUGGUUGUUGACCCCGAGAAGAGGUACACCAUUGAUCAGUGCCUUGCGCAUCCCUGGUUAACUCAAAAAGCGCCUGCUGUCAACGACAGCACUGGGGGACUUGUUGGUGGCCUUGCUGGGCUUGAGGUCAACCGCAGGGCCCCGGCCCGAGAGCGCACUCUGCUCUCAACUCUCAACUCCGUGGACGUUGUCACCACCCAGGUUGAUGCCAGUGGCAGUCAGGACCCUGUGAAGGUGUUUUCCAAAAACAAGAACCGUGUCAUCAACGCCCCUAAAGAGGCUGGUCCUGCCCAUCAAAGGGACCCAGCUGAAUUUGCUGAGUUGGGUGGCAAGGGAGACCAACAACUAUUUGGAGACGAUAAUGGUAGCAUCUAUCCAGCCAAAGAUGUUGCCAAAUCUCCCGCCAGGCAAAAGUAG